AUGCUGCCAUAUGUCCCUUCUCCCCCAGACAACAGGGGAAAGGGAUUGAGAGAAGGGUCCCUGCGCAAGGAUGCAGAGCCUGAGCGAAGUCGCUCCCCACAGAACGUUGCCCGGUGCUCAGCUGGGCAGGCGGUCCCGUCAGCCCACCAUGAAAAGACAGCCCGUGCGGCUCCCUGCGCCCCCCUCAGCGCCCCGUGGGCCGCAGGCGGGGCCGCCCGCGCGAUGACUGACAGCCGCCCUCGCCAAUCAGCGGCCGCGCCGAAGGCAGGGAUUUGCACGCGGCGCGGCGUUGCCGCGGAAACAUAUGUCAAGAAAAACAAUGUGAACAAAACUUGUAGUAGUCUAUCAAGUGCUGAAGAAGCCAUUAUUAUCUCUAACACCUUGCCUUUAGAGCAAGUUUCAUGAUCUUAUGUGCCAGAUCUUCCCAGAAUUUUUCCCGAAGUAGUACAUCUAGGAAUCUGGAUCUCAGAAGAGUCAAAUUCUUCAGACAUGUCUCAAACACCAAGAAGACCUCCCUUCAAGGUAUGCUAUAUCUGUGGCAGAGAAUUUGGGUCACAAUCUAUUGCUAUACAUGAACCUAAGUGCCUGGAGAAGUGGCGUAUUGAGAACAAUCAGCUACCAAAGCACCUUAGAAGGCCAGAGCCCAAGAAACCUGAGGCCCUUACUGGUUCUGGUUCCUAUACACUUGCAGAUGAAAAUGAAGCAGCUUAUUAUAGUGCUCAAGCCCAGCUGGUGCCCUGUAGAAAGUGUGGCCGAACCUUUUUUCCUGACCGUCUCCCUGUGCACGAAAGGUGCUGCAAAGGAGGCGGCAGUGGUGCGAGGCUCCCAAGCGCUGCUGCUAGUAAAUCUGGUAAAGCACCAAGAUCUGGACCUGGCCCAGCAAGUGGUAUUCAACCUGAGGCCCAUCAAGGAGCAAGCAGGGCUGCACCAGCUGUGUCAGACCAGGCAAAAGUGAUAAGACGGCCGCCAACAGUGAUUUGCUACAUAUGUGGCCGUGAGUAUGGAACAAAAUCUAUUAGUAUACAUGAGCCACAAUGCCUGAAAAAAUGGCACCAGGAGAAUGAAAACCUCCCCAAGCACUUGAGAAGGCCAGAACCCAAAAAACCUGAAGUCAGGACUGUGCAAGCCAAAGGUUUCUAUGAUCUUGAUGCUCUAAAUGAGGCUGCCUGGACCAGUGCCCAAGCCCAGCUAGUUCCAUGUGAUAUUUGCGGGCGUACUUUUCUUCCAGACAGACUGAUCGUCCACCAGAGGUCCUGUAAACCAAAACCUGCAAAGUGA